CUAACAGCUGCUUUUAAUAAUACAACAUAAACCGAGUUUUGUGAUUUGUUUAAUUCUUAAUUGUUAAGAAAACUGGGAAAAUAUAAUUUUUACUGGGCAAACUACUGUUCAACGGUCCCUACAGUGGAUCUCAGUUGGGAACAAGAACCUCAUCUCAAUAAUUUAGGCCUAAAAUAAUGUAACAGAGGAUAGUUUAACAGCUCAGAACUUAAAAUGGAACAAGGGGAGGAUAUCCUUGUAAAGGUGGAGCCUCUGGCAGAAGAGGAGUUCAUUUCAGAGGAUUGUCAAAUAGAACAAGAUAUGGAUAUCCUAGUUAAAGAGGAACCCAGAAUGUCGUAUGAAAAUCCAUCGGAUUUUGAUUAUGUGGAAGUUGAUGAGGACUCAGAAUCCUCGUACAUAACCAGCGAAUUUAAAUAUAUUUCGGGACUGCGUAAAAACUCAAAAUUACUCUUUUUAACCAGUACGAAACAGUUGUUCAAAAUCAAAAGCAAGACCAAGACUGUUUCGCGUUAUGUUUGUUAUGUAGAAAAUUGUAACGUCUCUGCCAAAGUGUCUAACCAUACAUGCACUCUGUCCAAAAAUAGCCGUCACAAUCAUGAUCCUCCAGAGGCAUUAAUAAAAAAAUUGAACUUGCUAAAUGCUGUAAAGAACCAGUGCGAAAAAAACCUAAAAAGAAAAGGAAUUAGGGAAAUUUUUGAAGAAGAGUGCCAGAAAGCUGGGGAAGCAGGAUCCCUGGUGAAUUUCCUAAAGAUUCGAAGACAGCUUUUUAAAAUUCAAAGUAAAGGAAUGCCCAGCAAUCCCACAUCACCGCUCGAAACAAAAUUGCUAUUCGAAAACGAAGAGUUCCUGACUGAAUAUGGCAUAUCCAAGCAUAUUAAAGGCCCAUUCUAUCGGCAAACAAUUUUGGAAAAGAAUUUUGCCUAUACUAUUUUUCUAUCACCAAGUAUUUCAGAAAUUAUAAAAAACAAUCCAGGCAAACGUGAGUAUUCCAUUGAUGGGACGUUAAGCACUGUACCGUCAUGUGGAUACAAAAAUUUAAUUGUUGUCCAUUUUCACUUUAUGGAUCACACAUAUCCCUUCAUUUAUAUUUUGUUGUCGGGAAAGUCUACCGAGGCAUAUAAGCAUCUUUUUGGCUUUAUAAACCAACACAUUUUUCAAUUUGAAGCGGCCAGUUUUAUGACUGAUUACGAUUCGGACCUUCGUAAGGCGUUAACUGCUAUAUUUCCAAAAGCAACUCUAAAUAGUUGUUGGUUUCAUUAUUGCCAAGCCUUAAGACAGAAAAGUUUGAGUAUUAAAACCUUUGGAUUUACUAUAAAAAGAAAUGUUAACUCCUACAACUGGUACCAAAAAUUUCAAAGCUUAGCAUUGGUUGAUCCAAAGCACAUAGAACCAAUGCUUGCGACUUUAAAAUUAGACCUCUUAAAUUUGCCAAAGGAGAGCCAUAAAGUACUUCAAAUAUUUUUGAAAUAUUUUGAAGAGGAAUGGAUGAUUAAGAUUACCCCUCAGAAAUUUACUGUCCAUCGUCAAAACAUGACCACGACAAUUUCGUUGGAGUCCUUUAACACAACGCUUGACCGAAAGCUACAGAAACACUGUAGAUUUUUAAAAUUCCUGGAAGUGAUUCGAGAUGAAGAUUUUACUGCUUCAACUGUUCUGAGUAACACUGCUAAAGAACUGCUGAUUGCUCCUACCGAAAAACGCAGCAAACAACGGAGUAGAAGAAAUAGAAUUCAGAAAGUAGUUGAUGAGUUUAAUGAGCAAAAAAUAUCGCUUGAUGACUUUUUUAAGGAUAUCGUCAAUAAGGAUAUUGUUAAUAAAGAAAUGGAGCCAUUGCAGUGGGUCUCCAAUAUGGAAACCACCGAUACGGAUUCCGACAAUGGGCAGGAUGAAGAGGAGUGUCAUGAACCUGAACCUGGACCUAUCCAAAUGGUAGACGUCCUUAAAUGCAUCAUAUGUAAUGACAAGCCUCGGGAUGUGGCUUUGAUGCCAUGUGGUCAUUUUAAAAUGUGUUCAAACUGUCUUUACGAUAUUACAGCGAAAGCGAAAACAAAUGACUCUUCAUUGGUCUGCCCAUGUUGCAGAAAACUAGUAAAGAACCACAUUAAAAUAAUACAAUAAAAAAAAUCAAAGCUUGUUUUAUGUUAAAGUAGGGUAAUGUUUAUCUUGUUUAUAUAGGUAUAAGUUAGGACUUUUAAUAUUAAACUAUAGUUUACAUAAGUGCCUCCCCCAAACAAAAUGGAUUGCAAGAAUAAUAGGUUGUAGCUUGCUAAAAACAGGUAAACUUUAUAGUGCGCACGUGGGUCAAUCCUAUCUCUUGAAUUUAUUGGAUAUAAAUUACCAUAAAAU